UAAACAAAAAUAUCGACACAUCGAUAUUUUUUGCCCAUCCCUAAGCUAACCUACAGAGACUCUGAUAACCUAACCUAACUAAAAUUUUACCCAAAACAAGAAAAAGGAAGUCCUAAGUUGUUGGAUUUGCUAUUUGUACAAAAUGCAGUUUUUAUCCAACCUCCUAGGAAAAUCAAUUGGGGCCCUUUUCACCGGAAAACUUAAUCAGCUCGUCACUCCUCUAUCCUUCAAUCAACCUAGAUACUAUGUCUCAUUGAAGGGUCUGUGCCUACAAUCAACUUCUUUAUCCAUACAAGGUCGGACUAUGGCCUCUCUUAACCAGAUGCAUAGGACGGGACCCCACAUCAAGAAAGAUAGAUCCAUCAAGCCCCUUGAUGGUAAGCCCUUUAUGAAGGGCGUUGUUUUAAGGACAGUCAUAAAAAAACCGAAGAAACCCAACUCUGCUAAUAGAAAAUGUGUGCUCGUGAGACUAUCCAACGGAAAAGAAAUGGUUGCCUAUAUUCCUGGUAUAGGCCAUAAUUUGCAAGAACACAAUAUCGUUUUAGUGAGAGUGGGUAGGGUGCAAGAUUGCCCAGGUGUGAAGUUGAAAUGUGUACGGGGAAAAUUCGAUCUAGGGCAUGUUAUUGUUAACAGAAAGUAAUUGUAAAUAGUUGAAUAAAAAUAUUGAAAAUAA